UCGGGGCCAUUACUAGGGUUAGUAUGGACAAAGAGGAUAGACCACUGAAUUGUAUAUAUACAUUUCAGUGCACUCGAUUUACCCAACCCUGGAGACAAGCGAAUGGAAUUUAUUAGGGAUGGAACCAUAUUUCAGUGGUUAAUUUGCCGGCCCUGACAUCAAGCCAAUUUACAUCUCUAGCUUUAAUUGUUCAUGUGAAUCCGCCAUUGGAUUUCUAAAUUUCAUUUUUUUGUAAAAAAAACUGGUGAGAAUUCAUGACGCCAUGACAGUUUUCAUUCAUGAUGAAUCUUACAAGUUGGAAUGAACAUUUAAAAUAGACAAUAGUACUGAUCAUUGGAAUAUCAAAGGAGAAGAUCAACACUUCUUAGUGAUGACGUUAAAUGAAAAAGUCUGCGGUGUUCACUGCCAAUCAUCUGAAUGGAUUUAAUUUCUUACAAGUGAUAACAGUUGUUGACUAAUGUUCUGGGGACAAUUUUCAUAUACAGAAGAUAAUUUGCAUUUAUUCUCAAUGUGGGCUAUUUGAAGCAGUUGGAGCGUUAUAACUAUGGAAGACACUGAUAAUUUUCUACAAGAACCCGGUGAAUUGCCAUCAACCGCUGAAGAAAUACUUGUAUUCAAUGUAGUGAAUCCCCACCACAUAAUAGUGGGUACUGUAAAUAAUCGAAGCCAGCAACUCGACCAAAUAUCUCGUAAACUAGCUGGACUAGCGAAAAAAUACUCUAAAAAUGUGGUAGAUCCUCCGGAAAAUGGUGCCCUCACAUUGGUCCAAGGACAACUGGGAACAAAAGCAGAGUUGCCAGCCUGGUGGUGUCGUGGUGUCGUCGAAAAUUACACAGAGACAACAUCUCAAUACCAAAUAUCAUUACCAGAUCAUGGAGUCACGGUGUCUCUCUCUCGAAAUGAGUUUAUCACAGUUCCACCUAAUUCACUAUCCGAGGAUUACCUCGCUUUCCCCAUUGCUCUCUACCACAUCGUGCCAGGACUCAUCGACUGUUACCCAGGAAACAACAACAAAAAGAAGUACGACAUGGUCAUUCAGAAGAAAUGGAGUCCAGAUGCUAUUCAUGUCACGAGAUGUUUGAUAGCUGGAGCAUCGAAGAUUUAUUUUGAUCACAUUGCUGACUCUGGUGGUAAAAAAUGUGGAGAAAUUUACCUCAUUAUUGAUGAGGAAGUGGUGCCACUGAGGUACACACUCGUUCACUCAAAUUUUGGUGUUCACUUGAGGAACGAGGAUUACGCAGCAAUACGAGAGCUAGAGUCCCAUCAACCCAAGGACGAAGUUAAUGACAAGGAGAGUGUGAUUUUGGAAUCACCAAUGAUCGAGGUAAACGACGUUCCCAGCGUGGAAUCAAAGAAAACUGCUCUCUCUGACGAUAACAGCAUCUGUUAUUUUGACACUUCUUUAUCAACGUCUGACAAGGAAUCCUAUCAAGAAGUAUUUAUCAGCAACACGAGAAAAUGCCAACGACUGACAUCAAUAGGUGAAGCAAAUUUUUCCAUCACGAUUUACGCAGCCUUGGAGGAAAUGGAGAUGAAAAGAAUCUGGAAAAUGCCCUCUUUCAUGUGGCCAGCAGUCUCCAAGUGCUGCGAUGUUCUUGCUGUAAGUCCCAAAAGAACAGGAAAAACCGUUGGCUACGUUGUACCGAUAUCAAAUUUAGUUCUAGCCAUGAAGGAUCAACAAGAGGAUAAUUAUCCACUUGUUCUGGUUCUCUGUAGCUCCACGAAUGCUGCUAAAAAUGCCCACGACAUAUUCUCCAGGAUUCUGGCUCAUAAUGCGGAUAUUUUAAUUGUCUCUGGCUUCAAUGGUGUUGAUUACAGAUCUCUGACAGCUAAACUAUACAAUGGUUGUCACAUAUUUAUAUCAACACCAGCUUAUCUCGACAGAUAUUUAUCCAACGAUCAUUAUCGCAAGGUCCUGAAUCUCGACUACAUUCGACACAUUAUUUUUGAUCAACUCGACAUCAUUCUACAGAAACAGAAGACAGAGUUGAUAAAUGUCCUGAAGGAAACCUGUGUUGUCAAACGAAAAUGUGAAAAUUUGAAAGGCUUCACUGUACAAUUGAUUGCUGUUGCUGAGCAAUGGUCAACGGUUCUUGGUAAAUUCACUGAAAUAUUCAGUGAUCCUUACAUCUGUAUUGGCUCUCAUCCUGAUGCCGUCAUAUCCUGCGGUGUACAACCAAAAUUACGACAGAUUCGAAUUGCUGAUAAACCUGAUCAGUUGGUGGAGCUCUUGGGGGAUCGUUAUCGAGCUGUGAAGACACUAGUUGUCUGUCGAAGUAGAAGAGAAGCUGCAAAAUUGAAGAAACGAAUAGCUGGACAAUGUAACAUUCUAUAUGCUGAUGGUAAAUCACACAUUGAUGAGAUCCACUCGAUCAAGGAUCACUGGAAUUUAGCUAUUUCCGGAUUAUAUCCUGUGCUAAUCUGCACUGACAGUGUUCUGUUCGAUUUACGUAUCUCCGAUGCUGAAUGGCUGAUUCAUUAUACCAUUGCUACCACAACAAAAUCGAUAUUUAACUUUCGAUUCUCGUCAUUGAUUUCUAACUUGAAGUGCAGACAAAAAGCUAUGGAAGUGACGAUCAUUCUGGAUGAAACUAAUGAUCUCCAGCUCAGAGGAGUUUUGGAUUUAAUGGAGCGAUCAGGAGUGAAAUUGACGAAGAAUCAACUGGAAGCUGCUGAUAAAAUUGUGAGGUCUCUGGACAGAAAGAAAGAGAAUUUUUCCAUUUGUGAUAACGUGAAGGCUUUUGGUUACUGCUCCAGUAAAUUUAACUGUCCCUACAGACACUGGGUCCUGCCGGAUGUUGAUCAAUCGAAAAUUCCAGUCGAGGAAGGUGAUACUGUAAAAUUACUCUUGACGUAUGUUCACACAGCCACACAUUUUUCUGGUAGAAUUCUGGAGAGAAUGGACUUCCAGGGACAAGUCUCCAAGUUUGGGGAUCAUGAACAUGUGGCCAUUGUUGCCAGAGUGAAUCAGUACUUCGCUGUUCAGGGUAACAGGAUAAGGGAUAGAAAUAUUUACGUCGGGGGAAUUUAUGGAUUUAAACGUGAUGAGGGACAUUAUGAGAGGGUCUCCAUUCUUAAUAUUGUCCAGAGGGAUGCGGAUGAUCGACCGAAGUACGUGGAUCUCAAGUGCAUCGACACAGGUCUGGAAUAUCGUGAUGUUGUGGUUUCUGGUCUGUUAGAAUUAUCGGAGGAGUUGAGAGCUGCAGCUGCACACAUCGUCGAGAUAUUCUUGAGCAAUAUCAUGCCUUAUGAUGAUGAGGAGGAGUGGAGUUGGUCUGCUAUGAACUGUGUGAAGAAGUGGAUAGAGGAUAAUCGAUCGCCAAUUAAAUUUUAUCGAGGCAGAGUACAAUUGGUUUUGGGGACUACCAUAUGGGUGGAUCCAUUAGAGAUCAAGAUGAAAAUCACUGGCAGAAGGGAUCAACAGGUUUCCACCCUCAAGUCUCACUUGGUGAAGAUGAAUCAUGGGGUUUCUGAUGAUGAGCAUAUCAAACGUCUUAUGAAACUUUGCCAAAAUGUCGAGACGACAGGUCCAUAAUUUA